UACAUACAUAUAUCUCUUCAUUUAGAUGACGAUACAUAGGUGCCUUUCACUGCGACAUGGAUGUUCGUGACAAACCAUUUAAAGGCAUAUUUAUUAAUGUAUAACUAGAAGUUUACCCACGCUAACGCUAGCUUAGCCACAUAGCUGAUGUUUUAUACACAAUCGUUUAAAUGCCCACCACAGUCUGUGCACCAGAGGCUGCAGAACACCGUCAUGAUGCCUGAGGUCAGGGACCUUUCUGAUGCUCUGCCUGAGAUGCCUAUGGACCCCAUAACUGGAGUUGGUGUGGUUGCCUCUCGCAACAGGGCUCCCACUGGAUAUGAUGUGGUUUCCACUACUACAGAUGGCCUGGAUGCAGACUUGUGGAAAGACGGCCUUUUCAAAUCCAAGGUUACCCGGUACCUGUGUUUCACAAGGGUUUUCUCAAAGGAAAAUAGCCAUUUAGGAAAUGUUCUUGUUGACAUGAAGCUGAUUGAUAUCAAGGAUACGCUGCCUGUGGGCUUCAUCCCCAUUCAAGAGACAGUUGACACGCAGGAACAAGCCUUCAGGAAGAGAAGACUCUGCAUCAAGUUUAUACCGCGGGAUUCAACAGAGGCUGCGAUCUGUGACAUCCGCAUUCUUGGACGCUCAAAGCAAGCACCUCCCCAGUAUACCUUUAUUGGCGAGCUCAACAACAUGGGAAUCUGGUAUCGCAUGGGGAAUGUACCUCGAGCGCAGGAGUCCUCUCACACGCCCACCACUCACCAUGUCCAGAACAUGAACUCCACCAGUUCCACUACUGUCCCAGCUGCACCAAUGCCCAAUAAAUGUAUCUGGCCCCCAAGCUCUGUGUUCCACAACGUAAGCUCUGAUGGGCAUAUUUCCAUGACGCUGCCAGCCAGUUUCAGAGGGAAAAACACUACCAGACCAGACUAUGAGCACCAGAACUCCAACCUUUAUGCUAUUUCAGCAAUGGAUGGAGUUCCUUUUAUGAUCUCUGAAAAGUUUGCCUGCGCCUCAUCGGAUCUGCAGCAGGUGGACCUGAUCGGCAUCACUAUCAAGUCGCUGGAGGAUAUUGAGAAAGAGUAUGAUUACAGCUUCCGCACAGAGCACAGUGCUGCAGCUCGACUCCCACCCAGUCCAACACGGACUUCCCUGAGCUCAGAGGCCUGAAGAAAAUGCGCCCCGUGUGGACUAAACAGCAGGAUGCAUUGGUGGUGGACCUGCAUAUAAACAAUGACCACCUUCUCUGUGUGCUGGAGGAACACGGUCUUCAACUCUGGACUUUCUCUCUGUGUUUCCUGUUAUACAGUACAGUGAAAGAGGGAACUACAAAGGUAUCUGCAAGCAUCAAAGAACAAAAGCGGUACACGAGGAAUUAAUGAUUCACGUGAGAACUGCCUCCAAAUGUGUUGAAUGACAGGGUGGAUCCUGAUGAAUCAGGGUGGACUGACGUUGGAUUAAACAGAAUUCUUGCUGACAUAGACAAGUCUUUACAGCAUUUCAGAGAACUAAAUGAUGCUUAAAGGACACAGAUUUGACAUUAGUCUCCAAAUACAACUGGACCGCUUUAAGGCUUUUUUUUUUUCUAAACAUGGAACAUAGUCGCCAUUAUUUGAGCUAAAAUGAGUAGUUUAUUUAGGUUGCCUUAAUAAAUACAGAUCCCAGGUUGUCAGCAUUUUACUCUGUUGACGUCCAUCUUCCCAAAUAUCAUUUCUACUGAUGGAUUUCCACUCUCUCCCAAAACUAGUCUGGGGUUUUCCUCCUGACCUUGCUGUCAGUUCUGUUUUCACACAAUGUGGCGGGUGUGGAGUUCCGUGUGCGUCGAAGAUUUCUUCAAGCAAGUAUUAAUUUUAGAAAAACUGUGCAAGAGCAUUUAGUCAGUUUAUCUUGACCUAAUCUUAUUAGGGCAUCGAUCGAACCUCAGUUCAUUGAGAUUCAUUGAGAUUGAGAACCUUCAUUGAGUCUGCUAGUUAAUGUUAGUUGUUUUUUUUUUUUUUUUUGGCGUAAAACAGAUUUUUCUGUGGAAUUAAGGCUGUUAAGGUUUUCACUGCACAGGUUUGACAUUAAAACCUCACGUACCCGCUGUAUUUGCAAAGUAAUGUGAGUCUGCUAGGGUGACGUCUCACUCACUGGUUUCAUCCGUUUUGUUUUUUUACUCAAACAUCUCCUGUAGAAAGCACCUUUUUUCACACGACUAGCUCUUGUUGUAAUCCGUCCGUCAAGUUAUAUUUCAUUGCUUCCUGUUGAUGUUACUGUAGAAAUAUUCAUGUGGCUGUGAGUGCACUUUUGCUGUUGACCACUGCUCCGCCGCCUCGAGCCAGAUAUUGUUCAACCACUUUUUUUGUGAGGACCGGGUGUCAGUUUCCCUAUUUUAGAUUUUAACUGUUUUUUUUAAAAGCCAAUUCAAAGCACAUGUUAUCACUUUUACCUCCCUUUUUUACACCUUCGAUGAGCCAGGGUGGCCGAGGGUUGUUAUUGCAAGCUGCGUCUUUAGAAAUAUCUAAGCCUUCAUUUUAACCCGCUUCUCUUCACGUCAUGCAGUCUACACUCAAAUGUUUCCUCGAAUUGAAGUGAACUUGAAAUGCACAGCUGUCUGAUGUCAUGGCCUUUCUGUUCGUCAUAGAUUGCACUGUCAAAAUUAGAAGACAAAAACUCAUUAACACAGAAAAAAAAAAUGUGCUCUAAUAUCAGUUCUAUUCUCUUGAUACUCAGGUUUCUUCUCACUCUUAGAAGAGCAAUUAGGUCAGUUAACAGACUCGCAUGUAUCUGCUGAACACAAGUUUUGAAAUCACUUGCAUAUAUCAUUUCACAUGGCAUGACUGCAAAACAUUCAUCUAAUGGUCGAUGAAUUUUGGUAACUCUCCAGUAAAUGAAGGAAACUGGUUCCUGUAAAUCCUAAGUCCUAGAGAUUCAUUACCGAUCUUCUCUGUGGCGUUAAAGUACACAAACAAAAAUGAUCAUCUAUCAUUAUGAUGCCCAUUUAUUUAUUUUUUAUAAAGCAAGGGUUGAAUUCUUCAUAAUCUCCAUUCUGCAGAGCCGAGUUUAUCUACACACAUUUGUUUUCUUCAUGUUGUAGUGUUACUGUUCUGAGCACCAUAUUUCCAUUUUUUUUUACAGAUGUUACAGCUCUUAUGCACAAAGGCAAACUAGUGUGUGUAUCAAGUGUGAACUUUGUCCUGUGUGAGGUUCUCGAAUGUGUUAUGUAUCUCUAACAUUCAUUUUUAUGUUUACAGUUCCAGCUGUGAUUUAGUGUUAUUCAUUCACACGAUAUUUGAAGAAACCACUACUCAUGUAACGAUCAUUUUUUAGGCUGUUUUAUUGGAUAUCAAAAGCCUAGAAUUUUAAAGUCACUUCACCACUCCUUAAAUGUUUGUAUGUGGUAUCCUUCCCUUUGUACGAUAAAUUGUCAAAUAUUUGGUAGACUAAUCCUAUUAUUUUGUCUAAUUUAUGAUCCACUGCAGUUUUGCUGAUUUCAGAAAUGUGACAAGACCAUUUGCACUGCCGUCGUGUUCUCUAAUGGGAAGAAACCGGAUUGUGUGUUAAACUCCGGGUGCAUGUUCUGUUCAUCAAAAUGCCACGAGACUACGAGACCCGUCAUGUUUGCAUGUGUGGUGGCUGCUUGGUUCAGUGUUUCGGCUGGACACGAUCCAAAGUUACAAUCUCUGUCUCACCUGUUUUACUGACAAAAGGAACGACAGUAUAAAUGAAUUUGUGUUGUAAAAAAGCUUUAUUAAA